CUUACUCCCACCCUGCACAAUCCCAUGCAAAAGAUGAAGAGGAAAGAUAUUCAAAUAUGUCUCCUUUUGGCCUUCGUCUUUAUUGCUACUCGAAGUUAUUCUGCCACGGCCAUGAGGAUUCGCAAAGCAGAACCAGGUGGCUUCAAGCUCAAACCUGCACAAUCGAGUGAAGGUUCAGCAGCUGGAUUCUUGUCUGCUACUUGGAACAAAUCAGGAAUGCAGGUCAUAGAAAAUUAUCGUAAGGUUCCUUCAACACCUAAUCCCAUUGGAAAUCGGCACCCACCAGCCAAGCAUGACUGAAAGGAGGCACUCAAUGCUCAGCAAAGCAAAACAAAUAUGGUGAAGAUGCAUUUAUCUUUGUGGCUUCUUGGUUAGAAAUUAUGUAUAAAAUUUCACUGUCUCGUACUUGCAGAAGGAUGUUUUAUGUUUGGGAUGUAAGUCAUAUAAACAGGGGGCACCUACCUCUAAUACUAACAGUUUGAGAUGAUUUUGCGUA